CAAACCGCUUGCAGGUGCUUGGAGCUAAAGUAACCUUCUGAGGAGAGGCCUGUGAGGGAAAUUGGUAUGACAGAAGAGGAGUGAAAAGCAAGACAUUGGAGCAACAGAAUUCACUUCUUUUUUUGUUGUUGUGUUUAAUUUUUGUUAAACCAUCCCUCAUAUGUUGGAGCAUUUGGCGGAAGACGACACAAAACAAAGCAUACGGGACAGAAACUUGGAAGUAGAAGAUUUCUCUCACAGAUUUCUGUGAGACACUGAACCUAAGCCGCCAUCAUGGAGGCGGGUCUCCUAGAGGUUCUUGGCCGAUGAUGAAAUUGUCACACCCAGACUCGCCCGUGAAUCCCUGCCAUGUCUCCUUCACACGGUGACUUCUGAUGUCCUCAGAUAAACCCACAACUGAACCAUGGUCAUUCUGCAGCAGGGGGACUAUGUGUGGUUGGACCUUAAGACAGGUCGCGAGUUUGACGUCCCUGUGGGAGCUGUGGUGAAACUCUGCGACUCUGGACAGAUCCAGGUUCUGGACGAUGAAGGCCGGGAACAUUGGAUCUUUCCUCAGAAUGCCACCAACAUCAAACCAAUGCACCCAACCUCUGUCCACGGCGUAGAGGACAUGAUCCGACUGGGCGACCUUAACGAAGCCGGCAUCCUCCGCAACCUUCUCAUCCGCUACAACGAACAUGUCAUCUAUACAUACACAGGCUCGAUCCUGGUGGCAGUAAAUCCUUACCAGCUGCUUCCCAUCUACACUCCGGACCACAUUCGCCUCUACACCAACAGGAAAAUUGGAGAGAUGCCGCCCCACAUAUUCGCCAUUGCUGACAAUUGUUACUUCAACAUGCAGAGGAACAACAAGGAUCAGUGCUGCAUCAUUAGUGGUGAGUCUGGAGCAGGGAAAACUGAGAGCACCAAGCUGAUCCUGCAGUUCCUGGCGGCCAUCAGCGGUCAGCAUUCAUGGAUAGAGCAGCAGGUCCUGGAGGCCACGCCUAUCCUGGAAGCUUUUGGCAACGCCAAGACAAUACGUAAUGACAACUCCAGUCGCUUUGGGAAGUACAUAGACAUCCACUUCAACAAACGAGGGGCCAUUGAAGGGGCCAAAAUAGAACAGUACCUGCUGGAGAAGUCUCGUGUCUGUCGACAGGCUGCGGAUGAGAGGAACUAUCACAUCUUCUACUGCAUGUUGAAGGGCAUGGCUCCAGAGAUGAAGGCUAAAUUGGGUCUUGGCCUUGCCAGAGAAUACUCCUACCUCACCACGGGUAACUGUACUGAAUGUGACGGCCGUGAUGACCUCGCUGAUUAUUCCAGCAUCCUUUCAGCCAUGAAGGUCCUUAUGUUUAGCGAGACGGAGAACCUGGAGAUUUCAAAGCUGCUGGCAGCCAUCCUGCAUUUGGGAAACCUGCGAUUUGAAGCUCGCACUUACGACAAUCUGGACGCUUGUGUGGUUGUGAGGUCUCCGGACUUGAUGACUGCUGCUUCACUCAUGGAGGGGAUUUAUGGCAGGCUGUUUGUGUGGAUAGUAGAUAAAAUUAACGCAGCCAUUUACCGACCUCCUACCUGCGAGAGUAGCGUUAUAAGAAGGUCAAUCGGACUGUUGGACAUCUUCGGCUUUGAGAACUUCAUCGUCAACAGUUUUGAGCAGCUGUGCAUCAACUUUGCCAACGAGAACCUGCAGCAGUUCUUCGUUCGCCAUGUCUUCAAACUGGAGCAGGAGGAGUACAACCUGGAGGACAUCAACUGGCAGCACAUCGAGUUCACAGAUAACCAGGACGCUCUGGACAUGAUCGCCAACAAACCCAUGAACAUCAUCUCCCUCAUCGACGAAGAGAGCAAGUUCCCAAAGGGGACCGACGCUACAAUGUUGUAUAAACUCAACUCACAGCACAAGCUCAACACCAACUACUUUCCUCCUAAAAACAGCUAUGAAACCCAGUUUGGCAUUCAACACUUUGCUGGAGUGGGUGUUGAAACAAGGAAGCGUUCUCCAACUUUGAGCAGCCAGUUCAAGCGUUCCCUGGAGAUGCUGAUGAGGACGCUCAGCGUGUGCCAGCCGUUCUUCGUCCGCUGCAUAAAACCCAACGAGUUCAAGAAACCAAUGGAAGACCUGAGAGGAACCUGUCAGCGUAUCGUCUCAGCCCGGCUGGGUAAACAAGAUGAUUGGCAGAUUGGAAAAACAAAGAUUUUCCUAAAGGAUCAACACGACAUGCAGCUGGAGAUUGAGAGAGAUAAAGCCAUCACUGAUAAAGUUAUCCUUAUCCAGAAAUCUGUGCGUAGACUGAAAGCCAGGACAAACUUUCUCCGACUCCGGAGCGCUGUGGUUUUUAUUCAGAAGGUCUGGAGGGGUUAUAGGAGCAGGAAGAAUUACCAGAUUAUGAAGUCGGGAUUCAUUCGCCUUCAGGCCGUCUGCAGGUCCAGGAAAUACUACAGAAGCUACCGAAUCACUCGGCACCGCAUCACCCUCAUCCAAGCCCGCUGCCGAGGCUUCCUGGUCCGGCAGAGCUAUUGGAAACGUCUCCGAGCCGUGUUGACCCUCCAGGCCUACACCAGAGGCAUGAUAGCCAGACGCCUCUGCCAGAGGCUCAGGGCCGAGCGGAAGCGGCGCCUGGAAGCCGAACGGCAGCGCCUGGCUGAGGAGGAGCAGCUCCGGAACCAGAUGACGGUUCGGCGAGCCAAGGCGGAGGCCGAGAGGAAGCACCAGGAGCGACUCCUCCAGCUGGCAAAGCAGCAGGAGGAGCGGGAGAGGGAGGAGAAAGAGGAGGCAAGGAGGAAGAAGGAGCUGCUGGAGCAGAUGGAAAGGGAGAAGGAGCAGCCAGUGGACCACUCAGACAUGGUGGACCGGAUGUUUGGUUUCCUCGGGGACUCGGGGCCGUUACCGAACCAGGACGGACAGGCACCGGCUGGGUUUGAAGACCUGGAACAAACUCCUGGCGCCGAUGAAGCCGAAGAGGAGAUGCUGAACGAAGCUCCACCGUUACCCGACGAGGAAGAGGAAGACUUGUCCGAGUACAAGUUCUCCAAGUUUGCCGCCACCUACUUUCAGGGUCUUUCCACUCACACCUACAUCAGACGACCCCUGAAACAACCUCUACUGUUUCACGAGGAUGAAGGAGACCAACUGGCUGCUUUAGCUGUGUGGAUCACCGUGUUGAGAUUCAUGGGCGAUCUGCCUGAACCUAAAUGCGAAAUGGUCCUCCAUGACGGGAGCGAGAAGAUUCCUGUCAUGACCAAGAUCUACGAAACCCUCGGCAAAAGGACCUAUAAGAAGGAGCUGCAGGAGCUGCAAGUGGAGGAGGAGAACAGCUCCGCUGACGCUCAGAAGAGGAACAGCAUCAGACAUAAACUGGUGUCUCUAACACUCAAGAGGAAAUCAAAGAUAACAGAGGAGGUCACCAGGCGGCUGACGGAGGGCGUGGAUUAUGGGCUUCAGGGGAACAGCAUGCUGGAGGAUCGACCCACCUCCAACCUGGAGAAGCUUCACUUCAUCAUCGGAAACGGCAUCUUACGGCCAGCCCUCAGGGAUGAGAUCUAUUGUCAGAUCUGCAAACAGCUCACUCAGAACCCGUCCAAGAGCAGCCACGCCCGAGGGUGGAUCCUCCUGUCUCUUUGUGUCGGCUGCUUUGCUCCCUCCGAGAAGUUUGUCAAAUAUUUACGGACCUUUUUGAAAAACGGUCCUCCUGGUUAUGCUCCGUACUGUGAAGAGAGGCUGAGGAGGACCUUUGUGAACCGAACGAGAACACAGCCGCCAUCCUGGCUGGAGCUGCAGGCCACCAAGUCUAAGAAGCCCAUCAUGCUUCCUGUGACCUUCAUGGACGGCACCACAAAGACGCUGCUGGCGGACUCCGCCACCACAGCCUUCGAGCUCUGCAAUGCUCUAGCAGACAAAAUCAACCUGCGCAACCGUUUUGGCUUCUCUCUGUACAUCGCCCUGUUUGAUAAGUUUGCUAAAGGUCCCAGUCUGCCAAAGAACGAUGUAAUUGUUGCUGUGAACUGGACCGGGGUUUACUUUGUGGACGAACAGGAGCAGGUCCUCUUGGAGCUGUCCUUCCCAGAGAUCACAGCUGUGUCCAGCAGUAGAGGCGGCAAACUGCAGGGUCAGAGUUUCACGUUGGCCACCAUUAAAGGAGACGAGUACACUUUCACCUCCAACAACGCAGAGGACAUCCGGGACCUGGUGGUCACCUUCCUGGAAGGUUUGAGGAAGAGGUCCAAGUAUGUGGUGGGACUGCUGGACUGUCCCAACCCUGCUGGAGUGGACUCCACCUUCCUGAGUUUCUGCAAGGGGGAUCUAAUCAUCCUGGACGAACAUGACGGAGAGCAUGUGAUGAACUCCGGCUGGGCUCACGGCAUCAACGACAGGACCAAACAGAGGGGAGACUUCCCAGCUGAUGCCGUCUACGUUCUGCCCACCAUCACCAGACCCCAGUAUGACAUCGUGGCUCUGGUGACGAUGACCCCUAAUCAGAGGAGAGAGUCCCUCAGUUUGUCUCAGACCAGCCUUUCUGAGAUGGACAAAUCCAAGGCCUACACACUGGAAGAGUUCUCCUACGACUACUUCAGGCCGCCUCCAAAGAGCACUCUGAGUCGAGUAAUGAUGACCAAAGCUCGAGGGAAGGAGCGUCUGUGGAGCUGCAUCAGAGAGCCUCUGAAACAGCCUCUGCUGAAGAAGGUCCUGGCUCAUGAGGAGCUCUCCCAGGAGGUGUUUGAGGUGGAGUCGAGCACGAAGGCUAAAGAUUUUUGCCACAACAUCUCCGGACGGCUGAUGCUCAAAUCCUCUGAGGGCUUCAGUUUGUUUGUGAAGAUCACAGACAAGGUCAUCAGUGUGCCAGACGGUGACUUUUUCUUCGACUUUGUAAGGCACCUGACUGACUGGAUUAAAAAAGCAAGACACAGUAGAGACGGUACUGCAGGUGUGAUGCCUUCACUGACCUAUCAGGUGUUCUUCAUGAAGAAGCUGUGGACCAACACGGUGCCAGGCAAAGACUCUAUGGCAGACUCCAUCUUCCACUAUUACCAGGAGCUGCCCAAGUAUCUUCGCGGCUACCACAAGUGUUCAAGGGAGGAGGUGUACCAGCUGGCGGCUCUGAUCUACCGGGUGAAGUAUGAAGAGGAUAAAUCCCAUUUCCAGAAUAUUACUAGGAUCCUGAAGGACCUCGUCCCUCAAGACCAGAUCCGACUUCUGUCCCCAGAGGACUGGAAGAGGUCGAUCAUGACGCUGUUCAACAAACAAUCAGGGAAAACGGCUGCAGACGCCAAACUCUCCUUCCUGAAAAUCAUUUACAAGUGGUCGACGUUUGGCUCCGCCUUCUUUGAGGUUAAGCAAACAACAGACCCAAAUUACCCAGAAACUCUCCUGAUUGCGAUCAAUAAACACGGAGUCAGCCUGAUUGACCCGAAGUCUAAGGUGAGAACUGAUCUGACAGCUUUAUUCUUAAAUUUAAAGAAGUUCUGCUCCUCAGCUCCUUGCUGUCUUCUCUGCUCAUUUUCCAGCAUUUUAUUGUCACAAAUACAGAGCAACGAAUUUACUCUCUGCAUUAAAUCCCCAUCUCCUUGGGGAGCAGUGGGCUGGUUAAAGGAACAAAGGUUCAGAGUUGAUUGGGUGCAGGUUCACCUUCCAGGAGGACAACCACCCAAAACCUGCAGCCUGAACUACAACAGAAUGGCCUAG